GACAAUGAAGGCUUUUAUCGUUUUGGCUCUGUGCGCCGUUUCGGCCUAUGCCGGAAUCGCUGAGGACUUGUGGUUGGAGAAGAACCGAAUUCUUCCUGAAGGUCUGAAGGAUUUCGUGGCCCCGGAAUACGAGGGACGCAUUGUCGGUGGACAUGAAGUGAGCAUUGCUCAGUUCCCGUAUCAGCUGUCUCUGCGCUCGAAUGGAAACCACAUCUGCGGUGCUUCGGUCAUUUCAGCUAACUGGGCUCUGUCGGCUGCUCACUGCACCUUCCCAAUGCCCAAUGUCAAUGCUAUCACUUUCCGUGGAGGAAGCGCUAGCCGUUUGACUGGAGGAGUCAUCUUCCAAGCUGCUCAGAUCAUCAACCAUCCCCAAUACAACAACAACAACCUGCACAACGACGUUUGCGUGAUCCGUAUCACCACUUCUUUCGUUGGAGCUAACAUUGCGCCCAUCACUCUGGUGCCAUCUGGAACCGGAUUCGCUGCCGGAACCCGCAGUAUCGUAUCUGGAUGGGGUCUCAUGCAACAGGGAGGAACUCUGCCGGUCAAUCUACGUGCCGUUGAUAUUCCAGUCGUUGCUCAGGCUACCUGCAACAACCAGUGGGGUGGAAUCAUCCAUGCCUCUAUGGUCUGCGCUGGUGAGCCAGGACGCGAUUCCUGCAACGGAGACAGCGGUGGCCCACUGGUGACUGGAGGACGCCAGUUCGGUAUUGUGUCCUGGGGUGCAACUGCUUGCGGAGGUCCACUGCCAGGAGUGUACGCUAACAUCGGAAACGCUGGAGUUCGUAGCUUCAUUUCCCAGCACACCGGAGUAUCAUUUCUUUACACUCCGGUGUGCUGGGAAAUGAAGCUACGAACUCCAGCGUUUCCGAUGUUAGCGUACACUCCUGGCAGUGGACCUCCGCAAGCAGUUGCGCCCCAGGACACAAUACCGAACUGGCGUCCUCCAGUCACCAAUGGGCCACCGCUGUCUCCGUUGCAGGAAUCACGUCCUGGCUCACCAGCGCAGACCAUACUAUAUUUAACAGAAAAGAAGGAUAUUGGGUUAGUACUUCUGUUAAAUCACCUAAGCAUCUCAGUUGACUUACGAGGCAUGGAUGAUUCCACCCCACUGGUUGUUGCAGGUAGCCUGAGCAACGACUGGAAUAUCAACGGCACAUACGAUACUGCGGGUUCCGGCAGCGAAUCCGGUUCCAGAUGGCACCAGAGUGAUGGGCGCAAUGUUAGCUCCAACGAAAGAAGUGGUGAUACGGAUCACGCAAACGUCGUUGUGCAGGUUGUUGUUGUUGUAUUGGGGAUGGUUGAUGAUCUGAGCAGCUUGGAAGAUGACUCCUCCAGUCAAACGGCUAGCGCUUCCUCCACGGAAAGUGAUCUAGAAGGACAAGUUGCAUAUGUACCUCAGAAUACUUACAGCAUUGACAUUGGGCAUUGGGAAGGUGCAGUGAGCAGCCGACAGAGCCCAGUUAGCAGAAAUGACCGAAGCACCGCAGAUGUGGUUUCCAUUCGAGCGCAGAGACAGCUGAUACGGGAACUGAGCAAUGCUCACUUCAUGUCCACCGACAAUGCGUCCCUCGUAUUCCGGGGCCACGAAAUCCUUCAGACCCUCAGGAAGGAUUCGAAAAUGAAGGUGUUCGCAUUAGUGGCUUUGUGCUUCGUAGCCGUUUCCGCCGGUCCCGAUGAGGAUCUGUGGUUGCAGUUCAACCGGCGUAUGCCCGGUGCAUACCACACGAUGACGGAACCCCUGCCGGAGAAACCUUUCGUCGGUCGCAUAGUGGGUGGCAUCGAUGCCGAUAUUGCCAACUAUCCGUACCAGCUGUCGCUGCGCCGCAAUGGAGGACACAGCUGUGGUGCUUCCGUCAUUUCCGGCCAUUGGGCCCUGUCAGCGGCUCACUGCACUUAUCCGCUACCCAAUGUUGGAAUCAUGUCUCUGCGAGGAGGUUCCAGCAACCGCCUGGAAGGUGGACAUAUCUUCAAUGUUGCCGAAAUCAUCAACCACCCACAGUACGAUGAUUGGAAUUUGGAGAACGACGUGUGUGUAAUCCGUACUACCGAAAACAUGUUGGGACAUAACCACCCACACAUUCACCCAAUCCAGUUGGAUACCGUUGGCAAUUCUCACAAUCCCGGAUCCCGUGCCGUUCUGUCCGGCUGGGGCUUGAAUGCUCAAAAUGUGCUGCCCGUGAUUCUCAAGCGUGUUGAUAUCCCCAAGAUCGAUUUCGUAGACUGCAUGGCUGGAUGGCCAUCUGGUUGGGUCACUCCUGACAUGAUCUGCGCCAGCGAACCCGGUCGUGAUGCCUGCAACGGAGAUAGCGGUGGUCCUCUGGUAGUGGGUGGUCGCCAGAUCGGUAUCGUUUCCUGGGGAUCGACUAACUGCCUCGGCUACCAGCCGGGUGUUUUUGCCCGUGUUGCCUUCCCGCUAAUCCGUAACUUCAUCCACGAAGAAACCGGUGUGUAAAGAAUGAGUUGCUGAAUGGUGAUUCGAAGGUGUAAUGCUCAUUUGAAACUGAAAUAUACUCUACAUAUCAAAAUGAGAAAA